CUGCGGCGGGCAUGGCGGCGGAGGACGAGGAGGAGCUAGGGCUGCUGGAGUGCCGGGUCUGCUUCGAGCGGUACGGCCACGGGGGGCAGCGGCGGCCGCGCAACCUGCCCUGCGGGCACGUUCUCUGCCGGGGCUGUGUGGAGGCCCUGGGCGGCCCCGAGCGCCGGCGGCUGGAGUGCCCCUUCUGCCGGCGGGCCUGCAGCUCCGCUGAGACCACCGACUGCCUGCCGCUGCUGCAGCUGCUGGAGGUCCUGGGCCCCGCCGGCACCAGCAUCCCCUCGGCCCUGGGCAGGAGCGGCGGCCGAGGGGCGGCCAGGCCGGGCGCCGCGGGCCUCGGACUCCGGCUGUCGCUGGGAGGCUGGGGGUCGCUGGUGAACCCCACCGGGGUGGCAGCCUGCCGGAGGUCGGGGCGCCUGGCGGUGGCACAUGACGGCAAGAAGAGGAUCCACGUCUUUGGGCCGGGUGGCUCCUGCCUGCAGCAGUUCGGGGAGCGGGGGGACGCGGGCAAUGACAUCAAGUACCCGCUUGAUGUGACGGUCACAUCAGACGGGCACGUGGUGGUCACAGAUGGUGGGGACUGCUCCGUGAAGGCCUUUGAUUUUGAGGGAAGGGGGGUCCUGGCUGUCCGGGAAGGUUUCUGUUUGCCCUGGGGCUUGGAUGCCACCCCGGACAGUGAAGUCAUCCUGACUGACGCGGAGGCAGGUGCACUGUACCGCUUGACGGCCAACUUCAAGACGGGGAAAUUAAGGAAGUGUCAGAUGAUCCAGUCUCAGCUCAUCAGCCCGAGAGGGGUUGCGGUCUCCCAGACCUCGGGCGCUAUUGUGGUAAUAGAGCACCUGAAAGCGCAAGGAUCGAACAGCAGCAGCACCCGAGUGAAGAUAUUCAGUGCAGAGAUGGAUCUUGUCGGCCAGAUGGAUAGCUUUGGUCUGAACCUUGUUUUCCCCUCCAAAAUAUAUGCUACGGCUGUGGCCUUUGACAAAGAGGGUCAUGUGGUAGUAACUGAUAUCUGUAGCCAGGCUGUAAUAUGCUUAGGGAAACCUGAGGAGUUUCCCAUCUUUAACCCUCUAAUUAGCCAUGGGCUUUAUUACCCUGUAGGACUGACUUACGCAGCAAACAACUCCCUCGUUGUUUUAGACAGCGGUGAUCAUUCAGUAAAAAUAUUUAGCUCCACCUGAAUGGGUUUAGGUUCUUACUGCUAUAGGUUCAAGCUGCUUUUGGCCAUAAAGCACACAAAGUUCUGGUGCUACUAGCGUGCAGGAAGGAAGCAUUUUCUGGGCUGUAAGUGAUGUUGUCCUCUUUGACCAACAUGCUGUGCUUCCUGCAGAACUUAUAUUGAAUCUCUUGCCUGUCUAUGGGAGACCUGUUGGUUGCAGGCUGUAGUCAACAAUGAAUCAAGCAGAAGAAUAAUUUGGCAUUUUAAAGCAGUUCUGUACCUUGACAACCAAAUGUUUUGGACAAGAACAACAACAUUUGGAAAGUGAUGCAGUUUACUAGCAUGUAGUUUUCAUUAUUCUUUGCUGAGCACAGAUGCACUCAUAAAAGUGACAGUUUCUGUUUCCACAGUUUCUGCCUGAGAAAGGAGACUGGCUUGAUAAAAUGGUAGGAGAAAUGGAAGCUUCAGUUCAAGGUUGCCUGAAUUCAGCUAGGAUCAUUGUGAUGGAGGAGCUGCCACUGAUGAGUGAGUUAUGUGAGGUAAAUUAGUGCUUGAAGCCUGUUAUUUUCCAUACUGGGGAAACGCUCUUCUGGAAGUACUCUUCCUGUACUUGUUUAUUCCUGCCUUUAUUAGGGUUCUACUGGAGCACUUGAUCUUCAUGUAUAAUGUGUCUAUAGCCUGUGUCUAUACCUGGAGAUAACUUGGUGUGUGGCUACCAGCAUGAGCAGCUUUCCCUAAAACCUCCUUGAAGUAUUUGUGUUUAGUCCACAAAUACUUCUGCAUAUAUAAAAUUGAGUUGGCUAUGCUAUUAAGACUCCUGUGCUUGGGAACUUUCCAAUACUGCCCUCCUCUGUCUAGUCAAUAGUAUGGUACUUUUGCACCCAAAACGUCAAGAUUCCACUGACGAUUGAAAGGUUGGUGAGAAGUAAUAGAGAAAGGGGGAUGUAAGCCUCAUUUUUUUCUGAGUAUCCAGUGAGGUUUUGUUGAUUGUGAAUACACAGCAGGUUUAGGUCAGUUCAUAUUUUCACAAAAACAGUUUCACUGUGGACACAACUUAACUUGCCUUAUUUCACAGUGGAAAUUAAGGUUUUGUUAAUGUUUUUACCACUGACUGAUUCUGAGAAGGAUGUAACACCCUCCUAGAAGUCACUGCUGUGUUUUUAGGCAUAUACAUGCUGCUGAAAUGACUGUUUAGGUGGUUCAGCAUUAAAAGGAGGUUAGAUACAAAUGUAAAUGCUCUCUGAGUUAGAGACAGGUUAAAAUGGUAUAAAACUUCUGGCGUUAUUUAUUUAGUCGUUGAAACCAUUAAUAUUAACUAACAGAAUUUGAAAUUCACAGGCCAUCUUUCUAUCAGUACAUUUUUAAUCUGACUUUUGGUCUGACUUCUGGGCAUUUAAUAACUGCAUGUAUUGCUGCACCAGCGAUUUACCAAAUACUUCAAAUUGGAGUGGUUUAGCCCUCUUAAUUUAGACAAUGUAUUAAUCUGUUUUAUGUUAACAUUUAUAUAAACAAGACAAAUCUAUUAAAUGCAGCUGUGUGUAAACGUUAAUUGAACAGUGACAUGCCAAUAAAGUGUGAUUUGCUUACUCCUAUAUUGAAUAAUUUAGUGAAAACUCAUACCUUUUUAUCAUGGGUUUCUCUGUUACAAGCCAAUCCCUGUAUUGCAGUUGCCCUGUAGACGGCUUCUGUUUUUUGUUUGGGGAUGUCCUGCUAAAGUUGUGGUAGGCUCAUUUGUUGCUAUUGGAAAAUAUAAGAUCCUGCACAUUUGGUCUUUUCCAGCCUGGCCAGAGCCUCUGGUGCGACUAGAAAUGCUCCUUGGCUGUUCAGCAGCAGGAGGUGUACGGCCCUUAGCAGGAUCCCUCUUGAGGGGUCAGGAAGAAAUUUUACUCAGAGAAGCAGCCCCCUGGAUUAUAUAUUCCUUUUUAGGUGCCAAGGAGAUGUCUGAGGGCUAUAAAAACAAUUUAAUAACAUUUCCUUUGGGGAACUGCUUUGUUUCAAAAUGCAUGCACUACCAUCAAUGCUGUAUUCAUACAUAAUUAAUAGUUUAUCACAGUAGCAUUUCCUCUGAACUGAGGGCUGGGAGCUUUCAUCUCCUCAGACCUUUCUGUGCACCAGGAGCUUGGUUUUGCUGCUGAGCUCAUGGAUGAGCAAAUUUCCUAGGACCUAUUGCAACUUUCCGGCAGCUAAAAUGCCAAUUUUCAAGUAUUUGACUCAUGCUGGUUUAAAAUCUGCAAAACCUCCCAUUGUUGCCCAUUCUGCUUCUAUCUCUUUUGGUAUAUGCCUAGAAAUCACUGGGUGUUUGGGUUUGUAAGCAAAAUAAACUUUGUGCCUUUACCUAGUUUCCUGUGUGCUGUCUCCUGCAGUCUCUGUUUUAGAUGCCUACUGAAAGCAACUGUAAACUUUCCCCGCAAAUGGUGCAACUGUUUUCAUUUUACUGUAAUGCUUGGUGCUUACUGUUGUACAAUUCUGCAUCAAAGAAACUAUUACAUUCUGUCUUAAUUCACUUUAUGUAGGUGCCUAAACUGAAAACCAUAAAGAACUGUAUAAACCCGUGUAUUAAAAAUUUUGAGUAAGGGAAAAUGCAGCAGUAAGCCUGAAAUGUUUUGUCACACAAGAGAAUUAAAGCAAUAAUGGGAGACAGAGAUACACCAGUUUGCUGAAUACAAAUUAAAAAGCCUUUGACAUUUUUACUUUCUCUUGCCUCUUUCUUUAUGCAUAUAUGCACAUUUCUCCUGUAGCUAUUGUAAUUAUCAGUUGCCUUCAGGGCGAUAUCCUAAUGCCCUCAGCUUUCCAAAGGCCCAGGGGAUGCCUAGUGCUGCUAUCCAUUGGCACAUCUGUGGGAAUUUAGCCACAGAUUUCGACAAAACACAAACUUGUGUUGUGAGAGAAGGAUGGUAAAGGGUGGGGGGCCCAUACAUUAACAGAUACCAUUAGGUAGGUGAUGCUUUUGGGGUCUGACAGGGUGUGCUCAAAAUCGGGAUAGUUAGAUGUCUGUUUACCUCUAGAAAAGAGUGGUGGCCAUUUCAUUUAGAAACUAAGGUGGGACUGCAUCUGGUCACUUCAGUGAUAAUUACUAUUGUGUUUAUUUUAAAACAAGAACCUAAGGUAAGCUUUGCAUAACCCUCUGCACCUUGUGCUUUAACAAUAUGGGUUAAACCCAAACAAAUAUAAUGGAUAGUACCCCCCAGUGUCAUCUCUUCAGCCCCUACUAUAGAGUGGUAUGUCUGUUGUGCACACACACACUCUGCAAUUCCUAUUUGGUUUACUUUCAAGUACUGGUGUCAGGUUGCUAUCAGUGCAUAUAAAUAUACCAGGAUAUGUUUACAGUGUUUAGGAAUAAAGGAGGCAGAGGAGUUUCAGAAGUGGGUAUUAAAAUUGUGUUCUGUAACAUA